AUGAAGUCGCAAGCAACCAUCGAAUCAGUCAUUAUGUCUGAUUUAUCGGAUCUUGAUCGUCAGAUUGAACAAUUACGUCGUUGUGAAUUAAUAAAAGAAAAUGAAGUAAAAACAUUGUGUACAAAAGCACGUGAAAUAUUAACAGAAGAAAUCCGAUAUCCUGAUCGUAUUACAUUGAUACGUGGUAAUCAUGAAUCACGACAAAUUACACAAGUAUAUGGUUUUUAUGAUGAAUGUUUAAGAAAAUAUGGAACAGUUAUUGAUGGAAAAAUAUUUUUUGUUCAUGGUGGUUUGAGUCCAUCGAUAAACAUAUUAGAUCAAAUACGUCAGAUCGAUCGAAAAAUGGAAGUACCACACAAUGGGCCCAUAUGUGAUUUGUUAUGGUCUGAGCCAGAAGAAAUCCAAGGUUGGGGAGUGAGUCCAAGAGGUGCUGGUUAUCUGUUUGAUAGUGAUGUUGUUUCACAAUUUAAUCAAACAAAUAAUAUAGACUUGAUAUUACUAACUAUAUGGUCGGCAUCAAAUUAUUGUUAUCGUUGUGGAAAUGUAGCAGCAAUAUUAGAAUUAGAUGAACAUUUAAAUAGAAGUUUCACAAUAUUUGAAGCAGCACCACAAGAUCAACCAUCGUCGGCAACGAAACGUGUUGUACCCGAUUAUUUUUUAUAG